CUCCCCUUAUUUUGGUGGACCAAGGGAAAAACACUAGGCCUCACCACUUUUUUUUCCUCCCCUCCCCCUGACCAAGCACAUUACAAAAUGCUUUCAAAAAGCCGAACCAAACGGGCACUGGUUCAAGUUUCACACCCAAUCAAUUGACCUUAGAUGGCCAAUUGUAACUGGGCCUAAUCUGCAUCCCUAAUUAAUUGCUUGUCUAUUACCAAAAAGAAUAGAAGGUAAAGAAUCUCACAUCACUAUUCACCACUGUUGAGUUGAGAAUGGAGGAAGAAAGCUCUGGUUUUAUCCACAGCUUCUCUGACCGAUACUAUACCACCAAUAAUUCUGAAGAAGAAGAAGAAGAAGAAGAAGAUCAUCGAACCAAAAGCCGCAAACACGCACCAAUCUUAGAAGAAGGUAAAGAUCGAAUCAGCACCUUACCUGACUCCGUCCUCCUCAGCAUCCUCUCCUUCUUGCCCACCAAAGAAGCUAUCAAAACAGGCGUUUUAUCCAAAAGAUGGGCCUAUCUUUGGACCUCCGUUUCCUCUCUCAGUUUCGAACUCGAAGAAUAUUACUCCGAAAGUUGUCUCGUCAAAAGCAUCCACGAUUUCACCCGUGCCUUUGAUCCCACCAGUGCCGUAGAUCCCAUCGACGAUUUCACCAGUGCCGUAGAUCACACCCUGCUUUUACACAGGGCUCCUAAACUCACAAACUUCUCAGUUCGAUUCAAGUACAGGACAAAACUAAAGGCUCGCCUCGAUCUUUGGGUUUGGUUCGCCACAUCUGCCAAAGUAAGCCAACUUAGUCUACAUUUAUCACCUCCUUAUUAUCUCGAUUUUGAUGGAUACCAAUUGCCUCAGCAUCUCUACACCAAUGAGUUUGUUUCUGAAUUCAAUUUUAGUUACUGCAAAGUUUUCCCUAAUGGGUUAUUACAUUGGAGUUCACUCAAGCACUUGUGUAUUGGGCAAUCGGCCAUGUGCGAUGAUGUGAUAAGGGAAGUGUUAAUGGGUAGUCCUAGACUUGAAUCCUUGGAAUUGCAUGAUUGUUGGGAGUUUAAUCGGUUGGAUAUAGUGUCCGAGAGUUUGAGAAAGUUGGUGAUAGAUAGCUAUGUGAUAGAUAUGUUGAAAGGCAAUGUCCGUGAGUUGGAAUUGGAAAUUGUGGCUCCAAAGAUCCAUUCUUUGGAAAUUCUGGGUAAUUUUGAAAAGAUUAAGUGUCGGAUAAAGGAUGUGUCGGCAUUAGUUGAGGCUAAACUCGAUUUCGACAUGCGGAAGAGUAGUGAAUGUUAUUUCGAUGAUGAUUACUACUCCGAGACUUAUAAGGAGUAUUAUGAGGAGGAGGAAGAUUAUAAGGAGUACCAAGACAUUGUGAGAGACAUUCUUGACAGUGUGCAUCAUGUCAAGAAACUCACUGUUGGCAAUUGGUGUCUCAUGAUUGUAUCUAUAAUGUCUGUGCAAGAUCUGCCUUCUCCAUUAUCAAAGUGCCAAUGUUUAACAAUUGUAACAAGCAUGGAAAAAUGGAGCCUUCCUGGCAUUGGAAUCCUACUUCAAAGUUCGCCUUACGUGGAGACAUUGAAUUUUGACUUCCCAUCCUCCCGCCCCCCGUUAAAGUUUCUAGUAAGUAGAUAUGAUGAAGUGAACCAUUGGAAAUCAAAGGAGAUCUAUUUCAAGUUUUUGUUACGAUGCCUCAAGUCUAUCAAGAUCAAGCUUUUUUAUUUUGAAGGAAUCCACACAAAGGAAUUCAUUUUCUUGGUACAAUUUCUACUUACGAAUGCAAAUGUGUUGGAGAAGAUGGUUAUCACUAACGCCCUGCCUAUGCGAAUUUCAACAUCUAAUAUGCCACUUAAAUCUCUACAAGUGGCUCUAAAGUUGUUAAAUUUCCCUAGAUCCUCUCCUCAUGCAGUAGUUAUGUUCCCAUAUCAGUAAAAUCAUUUUAAGUUUUUUUAUCCUCUUAAACAAUCAAACUCGCAUAAAUACUACGUAUUUGUGUAGAUUAUUCUGGUUCAAUGAACUCAAAUCUUGCUAUGAGUUUGCUUUAAGUUAUGAUUUCAUAUACUUAUGUUUUCUUACUGAUGUUAAGCUUUCCUUGGGAUAUAUUCAUUGUUAAUGUCAAUGGUUAUGAUGCUUAUAAAGUUUUCCAUUUGAUUUUUA